GUAUGUGCGUGUGCUUGGAAAUCUGGUACAUGCCAUUCAAAUAAAAACAAAGCUCUGUCAGUUGGUAGAAGUAAUGAUGGAAAGGAGAGAUGACCUUUCAUUUUGUCAAGAAAUGAAAUUUAGGAACAAAAUGGUGGAAUACUUGACAGACUGGGUAAUGGGAACAUCUAAUCAAGCAACAGAUGAGGAUGUGAAAUGCUUGACAAGAGAUUUGGACCAGGCGAGUAUGGAAGCAGUGGUCUCUCUUCUUGCUGGGCUUCCACUCCAGCCUGAAGAAGGAGAUGGUGUUGAGUUGAUGGAAGCAAAAUCUCAAUUAUUUCUCAA